UCUCUCUCUAAAUCUGUACUUUUAAGUGCCACCAAUGAAGCUAAUCAGCAUCAGCAGCUUAUUCUCCAAGAAAUUCAAAUCAAACCUACAGAAGAAUCGCAGCAACAGUUCCCGAUCAUUCAGAUCGAUGGCAACCACAUCCUCCUCUGAUCUCACAACCUCCAAAUCAGCCCUCCUCCUCCCUGAUACCUGGUCUCCUUACUUCUCCACCACCGCCGAUCUUUUUGGCGUAUUCGACAGCGACGGCGACGGGAAGAUCACGAAACGCGAGCUCGAGAUCGUUCUCCGGCGGCUUAGCCCUAAACCUCCGACAGAGGAGGAGCUCGCUUCAAUGGUCUCUGAAAUCGAUCGCGAUGGCGACGGCUGCAUCAGCCUCGAGGAACUCGGUGCGAUUGGGCCCUCCGCCCUUGCCCAGCCAGCCUGCGGCGGCGAGCUCCGCGAUGCGUUCGCCGUCUUUGACGCCGAUGGAGACGGCAAGAUUUCCGCGGAGGAGCUCCUCGGGGUGUUCCUCGCCCUCGGAGACGGCGGAUGCACGCUCGAAGACUGCCAACGGAUGAUCGGCGGCGUCGAUUCCGACGGCGAUGGGUUUGUAUGCUUCGAGGAUUUUGCAAGAAUGAUGGGACGGACAGAGAUGAUCGUCGAAGAAAGACAAACGGUGCUGCCCGGAAGACUGUAA